AUGGCAGCAGUUGGCACAGUACGCGAAUCUCAAGGUUCCGAGAACAGCGUCGAAACCGAAAGCCUGGCUCGUUUCGCCGUCGAAGAAUACAACAAGAAGGAGAAUGCUCUGCUUGAGUUUGUGAGGGUGGUGAAUGAGAAGGUGCAGGUGGUUUCGGGCACUCUGCACUAUCUGACGAUUGAGGUCAGCGACGCGGGGAAGAAGAAGCUCUUUGAAGCCAAGGUCUGGGUGAAGCCCUGGGCCAACUUCAAGGAAGUGCAGGAGUUCAAGCCUGUUGCUGACUCUUAG